AUGGAGACGACAAUUCUGAAUUUACGGACUCUCGUUGACCAACUUGUGUGCCAAGCAGAAAUUCUAAAUGAAAACAGUGAAUACCAAUUUAUCCAAUUGGCCAAGAAUUUUGAAGAGUUUAGGAAAAAAUGGCAAAAAAUGGAUCAUGAGGUGGCCAGAUACAAAGAUUUACUGAUGAAAACAGAAACUGAGCGUAGUGCUCUUGAUGUGAAACUGAAACAUGCGCGCAACCAACUAGACGUGGAGAUGAAGAGAAGACACCGAGCUGAAGCAGAUUGUGAAAAGUUGGAGCAACAGAUUCUGCUGAUCAAAGAGUUUCUCAUGUGUGAUUCAUCAGGCAGCAUACAGUUGAGCGAAGAACAGAAAUCAGCCCUAGCUUUUCUAAACAGGCCUCAAAUAUCUACUGCUGGUAACAAAAGGUUGUCAACAAUAGAUGAAUCUGGUUCAAUUCUGUCCGACAUCAGUUUUGACAAAACCGACGAAUCAUUGGAUUGGGAUUCCACAAUGGUAAAGACUGUUAGGUUGAAAAAAAGAGAGAAAAGGCGCUCUUCUAGACAGUUUAUUGAAGGCCCACCUGGUCCUUUAAAGAAAACUCGUUCCAUUGGCUCUACAGUAGAUCAGGGAAAUGAAUCAAUAGUUGCAAAAACAACUCUCACAGUUCCUAAUGAUGGAGGCCCAAUUGAAGCAGUUGCCACUAUUGAGACUAUACCUUAUUAUGUUGGAAACCACAGAAAGGCAGCUAUUCUACAGCCUUGGAACAGUGACUCAAGCUUGGGAAGCAGGAACGUUGAAAAGAAAUCUGAAACAGAUGGAUCUAGCACACCUGGAAGCAUUGGGACGAGACUACACGAAUUUGUAUCAAAAAUGGUUAUUAAACCUGAGUCAUGUGUUCCAUGUGGGAAGCGGAUAAAGUUUGGAAAAAUGUCCCUGAAGUGCAGAGAUUGUCGGAUAGUUGCACAUCCAGAAUGUCGAGAUCGCUGCCCCCUGCCCUGCACCCCUACCGUAGCAGGAACCCCUGUCAAAAUUGGAGAGGGAUUUCUGGGGGAUUUUGUACCUCUGACGACUCCAAUGAUCCCCCCCAUUUUAGUUCACUGUGUAAAUGAGAUUGAGAGACGAGGCUUGAAUGAGACAGGCCUCUACCGACUUUCUGGCUGGGACCGCAAAGUGAAAGAUUUGAAGGAGAAAUUCCUUAGAGGGAAAACAGUACCUUUACUUAGCGCAGUGGAAGAUAUCCAUGCUAUAUGUGGACUUCUUAAAGAUUUUCUCCGCAAUCUCAAGGAGCCUCUUCUUACUUUCCGUCUCAAUAAAGACUUUAUGGAAGCAGCAGAAAUUAUAGAUGAGGACAAGAGUGUAGCAGCCAUGUAUCAAACUGUUGGAGAGCUACCGCAGGCUAAUAGGGAAACUCUGGCUUUCCUCAUGAUACACCUGCACAGAGUGGCUCAAAGUCCAGAUACCAGAAUGGGUAUUUCCAACCUGGCUAAAGUGUUUGGACCUACAAUUGUUGGCCAUGCUGUAUCAGAUCCUGAUCCCAUGACACUACUCCAGGACACAAAAGGGCAACAUAGGGUUGUGGAACGGUUGCUCACUUUGCCUGUGGGAUACUGGAGCCAGCUUAUCAUGGUACAACAGGAAGAUAGAGAGCCUGCUCACAUCAUUGAAAAUGCCAAUGCUUACUCCACACCUGAUAUUAAAGUGAGCAUGUUGGGACCACUCACUACUCCAGAACAGCAAUUGGUAAAAACUCCUUCAAGCAGCUCACUGUCUCAGAAAGUCAAAUCUACAUUUAGCAAAACCACUCCCAUAUUUGCAAGCAAAAGCAAGUCUGCAACAACUCUUGGACAGCAAGGAAACUUUUUUCCUUCUCCAAUGCUGAAAUGAAAUAUACUGGUGUUCUGAUUAUCUGCUUGCAGUGCAAUUAUAAAGACCCAGCAAUAAAAUCUCAAGUUGUUCCUUCACUUCCUAACAACAAUAUGUAAUAAGUUCAGUAAUAUAUAUCUGCUUUUUAGCUUUUCUUAA